AUAUCAAUAGCUGGAGAUACCGGAAUACGGGUGGGGGACCAAGCGCUGCGAAAUAAUUCUGCGACUUGAAGUUCUCACAUGUUCUGGUUUCUGAAGCAGUAAACAUUUAAUUGAUCCCAGUAACACUCGCAUAAGGAAGAGACAGUGUUCCACUGGUGCGAUGCAGCUGGAAUUGUCUCGAGUGGUGCAGGGAUGUCGUCUGGGGCUUUUGUCUGGACUGGGGAAAACAGGGCAACACUCACUAGAGGUGCCUGGGUGUCUUCUGUACACACGAUGUGCAACUGUGCCCCAUCUGACCCAGGACACUUUACACACUUUGAGUGACCUGCCAGCAGUCACACAAGUGACUGUGGAUAGUUUUGCAGAGCAUCAUGAGGUCCUGGAGGAAUUCAAAGAAGGUGUCAGAAAGUUUGCAGGUCUUCAUGAUACUGUGCUUUUCUGCUCUCUGCAUGAUUCUGCAAACCCCAGCCCUGCUGGUCACAUCACCAACAAGACAGUGUCAGUAUGGGGCAGCGGUGGAAGGAUAGAGCUGACAGCAGCUCGCUUCAUGGCGAUUCAAGCAGCUAUCCAGCCCGACUGCUAUCAGAGCAUGGCAGACGGAGAAACCUGGCAGACUAAUACCUCUCGCAAGAGAGUCCGCAAAGCAGUAGACAGGACUCUGGCCCAUCUGGAUGAGUGUCUGUUAUUGCACCAGAAAAGCCAGGAAUUAAAGCAGGCUGUGAUAUUUGGAGUUGUGGAGGGUGGAGACAUUAUGGAGGAGAGGCUCAGAUCAGCACGAGAGACUGCCAAACGUCCUGUGGGUGGCUUUGUCCUGGACGGAUUUCAUUCUCCCGCCAUGGACCAGGAUGUAAGGAGCCAGUUGAUCAAAGCAACAACUGCAGAGCUUCCCCAAGAAAAGCCAAGGCUGCUGCUGGGGGUCGGCCGUCCCGAUGAGGUGAUCGGCUGUGCUGAAGCAGGAGUCGACCUGUUUGAGAGCUUUUUCCCCUUCCAGGUGACAGAGCGAGGCUGCGUGCUCUCCUUCAACUACACGAUUGAUCCUGACCCUGAGACGGCAGUGUUGGAAUCAAAUGGAGAGACGCCUGCUGUCAAGAAGCUAAACGGAAAUGGAGAUGAAAAUAUGACGCCAUUCGAAAUGAACCUCAAGGAUAAAAGGUAUCAAGAUGAUUUCCGCCCACUUGUGGAGGGCUGUGGCUGUUACUGCUGUAAAAAUCACAUGAGGGCAUAUGUCCAUCAUUUGCUGGUGACCAAUGAGCUGCUUGGUGGCGUUUUACUAAUGCUGCACAACAUGGCACACUACCUCGGCUUCUUCAAAGCACUCCGGGAGGCAAUCGCCAAUGAUCGUCUGCAGAACUUUAAAAAUAGAGUACUCCCUUGCAGAGAAUGAGAUGUAUAUUGAAUGACUGAAGGACAUUUGGGGCAAAAAAACAAACAAAAAGAAUGACCAAAAGAGCUUGUACUUCAAUCUCUGAACUCUGAGCCAUAAGAUAGCUGAUUUCAGAGUAUGUGUGUUUACAUGCAUAUAAUGUUGGAUGUUCUUGCACAUGCCAUAGGCAUUCAAUUGACAGACAUGUAAAAUGUGCUACUGAAGGUGACAUUGCAAACGUUUGAAGAUUUCCAUGGCUCAUCUCAGAGUUAGCAUAUGGAUUUAAAUUGACAGUGUCUUCCACCAAAUAAACAAAUUUAUGUAGAAGGACCAUUAAUAAUGGAGAAAUUACCUUUUUAUAGGAGCAGGCCUUUUGCUCAAAUUCACUCUCUAAAGCCCUCCAGAAUUAUUGCCAGCUGUUUGACUUUGCUCUCUUAAAUUAAAUGUUUAAUAUUGGAAAGUAAUGCAUUUUUUUAUUUCUGUCUUUUGCCAAAUUUAUACAUUUUGAAAUAGAGAUUCUGAUUUAAUGCCUUGUCUUAUGUUCAUCCAAUAUGUUUUUCCAAUCUUCACAUUCAUUUUAAUAAAGUGUUUUUAACUACAUAAUACUCAUAAACUUGCAGUGGAGUGCCUUUAAUCCUUAUAGACGUA